UUCAGAUGGGGCUGAUCUAGAUAUGAGGCUUGUGGGAGCAAGUAACCACUGUGUGGGGAGAGUAGAGUUGAAAGUUCAAGGAAUCUGGGGUACCAUAUGCAACCGUAACUGGAACCAUGCUGCUGCUGAUGUAGUCUGCAAGCAGUUAGGAUGUGGAACAGCACUUCGUUUCCCUGGCUUGCCUCAUGUAGGAUCAGGGUCUGGUCCUAUAUGGUAUGAUGAUGUCUCUUGCUUCGGUAAUGAAUCCUUUCUUUGGGACUGUAGACUCUCUGGACGGGAAAAUCAGAAUUGUCUUCACCAUAAAGAUGUGUCUGUGAUCUGCUCAGAUGGAGCAGAUUUGGACCUGAGGCUAGUAGAUGGAAGCAGCAAUUGUUCAGGGAGAGUAGAAGUGAGAACGCAUGGACAGUGGUGGACAAUAUGUAGCAAUGGAUGGAAUAAUGAAGAAGCUACUGUGGUUUGUAAACAACUAGGAUGUCCAUUUGCUGCCCAUAUCAGUAACCAUGCUAAACCUAGUAAUGACUCUAGAGAAAUUUGGAUAAACCAUGUAUCUUGUACUGGAAAUGAAUCUGCUCUCUGGGACUGCAUAUAUGAUGAAAAAGCUAAGAAAGAUUGUGCCCAAAGAUCAGACACUGAAGUGACCUGCUCUGAUGGGUCAGAUCUGGACAUAAGACUCACGGAUGGAGAUGGUCAUUGUUAUGGGAGAUUGGAAGUGAAAAACCAAGGAAAGUGGGGGACUGUGUGUCGGGACAAAUGGAGCACAAAGAAUGCAGCGGUUGUGUGUAAACAAUUGGGAUGUGGGAAUCCUGUCCAUUUAUUUCACAAGACCCGUUUGAAGGAAGCAUCUGGACCUAUUUGGCUGGAUGAUGUUUCUUGUAUUGGAAAUGAGUCAGCCCUCUGGCACUGUAAACACCUUGGAUGGGGAAAGCAUAACUGUAUUCACAGAGAAGAUGUAAUUGUGACCUGUUCAGAUAAAUCAAAUUGGAAUCUGAGGCUGACAGAUGGUAAUGACCGCUGUUCGGGAAGACUGGAGGUGAAAAUUGCAGGACAAUGGGGCACAGUGUGCAAUGACAAUUGGGACAAUAUUGAUGCCGCCGUGGUGUGUGGCCAGCUAGGUUGUCCAUUUUCUAUCAUUGGCAGUGGUCUUGGAAAUGCUGUUAGAGGAACUGGGAAAAUUUGGCUGGAUGAUGUUUCCUGUUAUGGGUAUGAGUCAAGUCUCUGGGAAUGCAGGCACCGUGGGUGGGGAUAUCAUGACUGCACUCAUGAAGAGGACGUUGGAGUGACCUGUACUGGUGAAUCAGAUAUGGAACUGAGACUUGUGGGUGGAGGCAGCAAGUGUGCUGGCAGAGUUGAGGUGACAGUCCAGGGCACUGUGGCCUUCCCAUGUAUUCACGACUGGAAAAUGAACAUUGCUUCAGUUGUUUGCAGGCAGCUUGGAUGUGGGUCUCCAAUCAAUAUCUCCAGCAAGCCUCGUUUUACAAGAGAAAUGUUACACAUCUUUCUAUCUGUAUCUGGCUGCUCUGGAAAUGAAAACUCUCUCUGGGAUUGUGUACGCUGGGAGUGGAAACGGACUAGGUGUCCUUUUAAUAGCGAUGUUCAUUUGAUCUGCUCAGCCCACAGGCAGGCCCGGCUGGUUGGAGGUGGUACUCCCUGUUCUGGACGUAUUGAAGUGAAACAUGGAGACACAUGGAGCUCUGUCUGUGAUUCCGACUUGUCUCUCCAAACUGCCAAUGUACUGUGCAGAGGAUUAAAUUGUGGAGAAGCCUUAUCUCUUGUGGGGGCUCGCUUUGGAGAAGGGAAUGGUCAAUUUUGGGCUGAAAAGUUCCAGUGUGAAGGAAAUGAAGCUCACCUGGCAAUGUGUCCCACAGCACCCCGUCCAGAAGAGAAUUGUAAUCCCCGCAGAGAAGCUGGCAUUGUCUGUUCUCGUUAUAUGGAUGCCCGACUUGUGAAUGGCAGAUCCCAGUGUGAAGGGCAAGUGGAGCUCAAGGUGCUCGGAUACUGGGGCUCCCUCUGUGACUCCCAUUGGGACCUGAAAGAUGCCAAUGUCCUAUGCCGUCAGCUCAACUGUGGGAUUGCUGUCUCAACCACAGGAGGAAAAUAUAUUGAAGAAGGACGUGGUCAUAUUUGGAGACACAGGUUUCAUUGCUUAGGGAAUGAGUAUUUUCUGGAUGCUUGUCAAAUGACAGUGCUAGGGGCACCUCUAUGUGCCCAUGGAAACACUGCCUCUGUGAUCUGCACAGGAAACCAGACCCAGCCACAGCUUCCAUCCCCUGAGAGUUCGUCUGACCCACCUGUGUCUGAAGUCCCAAUGGGUAUUGAUUCCCACUAUUCAGGGAAGAAAACUCUUCACUUGGUGAAUGGAGGAGGUCGCUGUGCUGGGAGAGUGGAGAUCUAUCAUGAGGGCUCCUGGGGCACUGUCUGUGAUGACAGCUGGGACCUGAGUGAUGCCCACGUGGUGUGCAGGCAGCUGGACUGUGGAUGGGCCAUUAAUGCCACGGUCUCUGCUCACUUUGGGGAGGGAUCUGGACCCAUCUGGCUGGACGACCUAAACUGCACAGGAAAUGAGUCUCAUCUCUGGAGGUGCCCAUCCCAGGGCUGGGAGCAGCACAACUGCAAGCACAAGGAGGACACAGGUGUCAUCUGCUCAGAAUUCACAGCUUUGAGGCUCUACAGCGAAGCUGGAACUGAGAGCUGUGCUGGGAGACUGGAGGUCUUCUACAAUGGGAUGUGGGGUGGCAUUGGCAGGAGUAACAUCACAGCAGUCACAGCUGGGGUUGUAUGCAGGCAGCUGGGCUGUGCAGAGAAUGGAGUUGUCAGCCUUGCCCCUUCACGUAAGACAGGCUCUGGCUUCAUGUGGGUGAAUGAUAUUCAGUGUCCUAAUAUGCAUAUCUCCAUAUGGCAUUGCCCGUCUGGCCCAUGGGAGUGGAGAAUGUCCAGCCCAGCAGAGGAAGCCUGGAUCACAUGUGAAGAUAAGAUAAGAGUCAGUGGAGGAGACACCAAGUGCUCUGGGAGAGUGGAGAUCUGGCACAAAGACACUUGGGGUACAGUAUGCGAUGAUUCCUGGGGCCUGCAGGAGGCUGAAGUGGUGUGUCGGCAGCUUGGCUGUGGCUCUGCUCUGGCUGCCCCAGGAGAGGCUGCUUUUGGCCAGGGCACUGGACCAAUCUGGCUGGAUGAGAUGCAGUGCAGGGGAAACGAAUCAUUUCUAUGGGAUUGUCAUGCCGAGCACUGGGGACAGAAUGAUUGUGGGCACAAGGAAGAUGCUGGUGUGAGGUGCUCUGGAGAAUCUCUGAAAUCACUUAAUGGCUCAGGUCACUCAGCACUUAUUUUAUCUGUUACCCUUGGGCUCCUUUUCCUGGUUCUGUUCAUUGUAUUUCUUCUUGUGCGUUUUCAAGUACAGAAACAAAAACAUCUGCUCAGAGUUUCAUCCAGACGAAGGGAUUCUCUACGAGACAACCUGUUCCAUGAGAUGGAUACCUGUGUCAGCAGAGAGGACCCACAACAGAUGAGCAACUUAGAUGUCGCCCUCAACCAUGCUUGCGAAGGUUGUGAAGACACUAGCCAAAUUUCAGUGCCUGAAGUUCUUCCUGCCUUGGAAGCUGAAAAAUGACUUGGGGCUGUAAAGAUCCACCAAAUCAGCCUCAAAAUGUCUUUGAAGGAGACAGCGACUUUUAAAUGAGCGAAGAGAAAGUCAUUUGCCGUGUGGAAAGUUGUUUCUCGACCAUAAUAAAAGAGCUGAACUGAUAAAGGGUGAUUACAUAAGUUACUUUAUGUGUACCACUGACUAAGAAAACUGCUGAAAUAAAUUGAACAAUGAACACCAUUAUUUGAGGCUGACUUAUGACUGUCCUUGUGGCUCAAAUAUGUUUAAUUUCAUAAAGAUUUGCCUCUAGAAAGUAGCAUUUUCAAAAUUCAAUGUCAGAAAAAUUAGU